AAAUACCACAAAAAAAUUUGUUUAAACGAGGUCGGACCUCUUUGUUUGAAUAGAACCUUGUUUUGAAGAGGUUGUAAACGCUGUUACAAAGUCCUUCCUGUUAUGGUAUUCAAGUUCAAAGUUGAACUUCUUCAACUGGACAGUAUUUCUCGUUAUACAGUUUGCCAAUUAUUCCAUGAAUAACUCGUGUUCAACUUUUAUCGAAACAGCGUGCCUUCUGUUUAUGAGCGUGUGCGUGUCAUAUGUCGGAUCGUGAGGAGUCGGACGAUGAGAAAGAUUAUCUCCUACGUGGUAUAAGCGCGGAGUUCACCCUAGAAGAGAGAAACACAAAAGAGAAGAAAGUGAAGAAGAAAAGGAGGAGGAAAAAAGAAAUGGGAAAGAUCGGACGUUUCUUCAAUUACGCCUUUGGCAGGUGCUGUGCUUCAAUGUGGCGGCGAUGUUGCUGCGUCAAUCGGGAAUUGAAACCCCGUACUAUCUACAUUAGUGAACCGUCGGCUGAGAAGUUUCCAGCAAACGUCAUUAGAAACCAAAAGUACAACAUAAUCACUUUUUUGCCAAUGGUACUUUUCCAGCAAUUUAAAUUCUUUCUCAACCUAUACUUCCUUCUGAUGGCUCUCUCUCAGCUCAUACCAAGCCUUCGACUUGGAUAUCUGUACACUUAUUGGGUGCCUCUUGGAUUUGUUCUGACCGUGACAAUUAUAAGAGAGGCGGUAGAUGAUCUUAGGCGACAUCAGAGAGACAAGGAAGUCAAUUCACAGAGGUACAAAUGUUUAGUGAGGCACCAGAACGGUUCUAUUGUGAUGGAGAGUGUGCCUUCUUCUAAACUGAGGGUUGGAGAUCUUGUGUUUAUUGAAAAGGACCAACGAGUCCCAGCGGAUCUUGUACUCCUUCGUACGACUGAGAAGACUGGGUCGUGCUUUAUACGUACUGACCAGCUUGACGGAGAAACCGACUGGAAGCUCCGGGUGGCCGUUCCACACACACAAAAGCUUGAAAGUGAUAAAGACCUGUUUGACGUGCGUUCUUCUCUUCAUGUUGAAAAACCAUGCCAUGACAUUCACUCAUUCAUUGGGACAUAUACAACUGAAGAGGGAUUCAUCGAAGGGUUGAAUAUAGAAAACACACUGUGGGCAAAUACAGCUCUUGCAUCUGGUAGUGCUCUUGGUGCAGUACUUUACACGGGAAGAGAGACUCGGUCAGUCAUGAAUAACUCGGCUCCACGCUCAAAAACAGGCCUACUUGAUAUGGAGAUAAAUCAACUCACAAAAGUCUUAUUUGUUGCUGUUCUUUCUCUUGCACUUGUCAUGAUGAUACUCAAAGGGUUUGCAGGACCAUGGUACAAGUACAUGUUUAGGUUCACUCUCCUCUUUUCGUACAUAAUCCCAUUAAGUCUUCGUGUCAACCUAGAUAUGUCAAAAGCAUUUUAUUCUUGGCGUAUGCAAAGAGACCCCAAUAUGCCCGGUUGCGUCGUUCGAUGCACGACAAUACCCGAGGAGUUGGGACGCAUAUCUUACUUGCUGUCAGACAAGACGGGGACUCUAACUCAGAAUUCUAUGGUAUUCAAAAAACUACACUUGCGUGAUCCUUAUGGCGAGGAGAAAUUCCAAGAUAUCAAAGAGGAACUGCUUGAUCAUUACAAGUCUAACAAGGGUGUGAAUUCGAGAAGAAAAGAGCCGGCAAUAAAAAAUUUGGGACAAAUAAAUGUCUAUGACUGUGUUCAUGCAAUAGCUCUUUGCCACAACGUGACUCCUGUUUUUGACAACGGAGAUUCAGAUGUGCCGAAGUCACCCCUCGAGUCUCAGUCCGAGGCCGAUAAAGCAUAUUGGGAAAUGCGCAACCCUUGUGUAAGCUAUCAGGCAUCAUCUCCAGAUGAGAUCGCUUUAGUAAAAUGGACAGAAGAAGUGGGACUGGCAGUCACAAAAAGAGAUAUUUCAAGCAUUACGCUCCGUACACCACUCAAUACAUUCAAGGUUUAUACUAUAUUACAAUUAUUCCCAUUUACCUCGGAGUCAAAAAGGAUGGGGAUUAUAGUAAAGGACAAUGAAACAGAAGAGAUAACUUUUUACAUGAAGGGAGCUGAUGUUGUGAUGAACAAGAUUAUAAUCCAUCAGGAUUGGCUUGAGGAAGGGGUGUCAAAUAUGGCCAUGGAGGGAUUACGCACGCUCGUAGUCGCUAGGAAAUCACUCUCGCAAAAGGAAUACGACGAUUUUGAAUUAAAAUACAAACAAGCAUCGGCUGCGGCGACCGACAGGCAGAUGGCCGUUUCUUCAAUUGUGGCACAGCUAGAGCAUGAUAUGGAACUAGUCUGCGUCACUGGCGUCGAGGACAAACUUCAACACGAAGUCCGUACAACGGUUGAAGUUUUACACAAUGCUGGAAUUAAAAUUUGGAUGCUGACCGGUGACAAGCAAGAGACAGCGAUCUGUAUCGCUAAAUCUUCCCUCCUCGUGUCUUCAAAAGAUCAAAUGUAUGUAUUCAAGGAAGUGGAAACACGUACAGAUAUCUAUGAAGAAAUUAAGGCUGCUACAAAAAAACCAAAUUGCGUUCUUGUACUAACAGGAACAACUCUUGAGCAUUGUCUGACAUACUAUAAGACAGAGUUUCUUCAGAUAGCUUGUAGAUCACCGACUGUUGUCUGUUGUCGUUGUUCACCCACUCAGAAAGCACAAGUUGUUCAGCUCAUCCAAGAGCACACAGGUAAAAGAACAGCUGCCGUCGGAGACGGAGGGAACGACGUAAGCAUGAUACAAGCAGCUGACACUGGCAUAGGAAUCGCAGGCAAGGAAGGAAAACAGGCUUCGCUCGCAGCGGAUUUUUCUAUAACGAGUUUUUCCCAACUUCAGCGUCUGCUUCUUGUACAUGGCCGGAAUUCGUACAAACGUAGUGCUGCCCUUUCCCAGUUUGUCAUCCACAGAGGGCUUAUCAUAUCCACGAUGCAGGCCAUAUUCUCAGCUGUGUUUUAUUUCUCCAGCGUAUCUCUCUUUCCUGGUUUCUUUAUGGUCGGAUAUGCUACCAUUUACACGAUGUUUCCUGUCUUUUCGCUGGUCCUUGACAAAGACCUUGACGAUCAUUUCCUCCUAAUGUAUCCCGACCUUUAUAAGGAUCUUGCGAAAGGCCGUUCGCUCUCGUUUAAAACUUUCUUCCAGUGGGUACUGAUAAGCGUAAUUCAAGGCGGUGCUAUCAUGUACGGUGCGCUUGUACUAUUUGUCGACGAGUUCAUUCACAUUGUGGCGAUUAGUUUCACUGCACUCAUUCUCACCGAGCUGAUAAUGGUCGCACUCACCGUUCGCACUUGGCACUACUUGAUGGUCUGCGCCCAACUUUUUUCCCUUGCUACAUACGUACUUACGCUUGUCGUACUCAGAGAAUACUUCGAUCCAACAUUCCUCCAGACUGUGGAUUUUGUGUUGAAAGUCGUCGGUGUCACUGCUAUCUCUUGUAUCCCGCUCGCCAUCGUUAAAUUCCUACGCAAAAAGUAUUCACCUCCAAGCUAUUGCAAAUUGACUGGUUAAACAACCGAUCGGUUAAAACUGAUCAAUUCAGAUACAUAUUUUAAUAAAAGGGUGGUUUUAUUUA